AAUGUCCUUGUUUAAAUAUAAUCCACAUUCUGCUUAGUUCUCACGUCCUUCGCCAAACUAAGCAGUAUCAAUUUCAAAUUAAUUGUACCAUUCAAGAAUGACUUUUUAACAUUUUAUGUUUAUAUUAUGUUUGUCUUUAUAUUUAUAACUAAUUACUUUAAUUAGUUGCGAAUAUCAAUUUUUACAGCUCAAUGUAGCAAUUAGGUUGUACGAUAAUAUCGUACAAUGUUUUCCCCGUAACUUCUCAGUUUACGGAACUCUUUAACAUCUCAUCCUUAAAUAUUACAGUGUAGUCUAUGUAGCUAAGUAUCAAGUACUUAAGUAUAUUCCGUUCACGACUCGAAAGCUAGCGAAACAGUAGGUAUUUACCUACAGAGGCAAGGAAUAUUUUCGCUGUGUGCUUUGUUAGCCUUGUCUACGUAAUAAGUUGUGAGCAAACGAUACGAUCUAACGUGACCGCAACACUCAGGAAGUUGAUUAACAGAUCUCUUUAUUCGAAUCAUUUUUUUUUCAAUAUUAGAACAUACUUAAAUUACAGUCAAAAAGAAGGUAUAUCGCAUUUAAUAAAAUAUUGUACCUAUGGAUACUGUUACCGAAACAAAUGAUGGUAGUGAAGUGUUAAACCUCCGUUAAUGAGAACGAAAAUUUUGUUUCUUUGAAAGCUUCUCGUGUCACGUUAACUUCAGUGGAAUGCGUUAAAGUUCAACGAAAUCAUUAAUAAUCUUAGACAUACAAAUCGAAACGAGAAUAAAGCUUACAAAACAACAAGGAAGAAAAUAUUAUCAAAACAAGUUUAAAUCGAGAUUGUAUAAAAAAAAAAGUUUGUGUUAAACACUUGUGAUUAAAGGCUUAUGAAGUAUGACAGACGAAGUAACAAUUAAUAUUUUAAGUUUGAAUUGCUGGGGAAUACCAUAUGUUUCGAAAAACAGAGAAGAUCGUAUGAAAGCAAUAGCAGAGAAAUUUGCAACUGAAAAUUAUGAUGUUAUUUGCUUGCAAGAGGUAUGGUCUGUUAAUGAUUUUAAGAUGAUCAAAGCCAGAACACAAGAGCAAUUGCCUUACUCACAUUACUUUUACAGUGGUGUUCUUGGAUCUGGGAUUUGUGUCUUAUCAAAAUAUCCCAUUGAAGAUGUAAUGUUUCAUAAAUGGACUUUAAAUGGAUACGUACACAAAGUACAUCAUGGAGAUUGGUUUGGUGGUAAAGGAGUUGGACUUUGUAGACUUAAAAUUCAUGGUAUGACUGUUAAUAUAUACACUGUACAUUUGCAUGCAGAAUAUAAUAGGCAUAAUGAUGAGUAUAUAGCACACCGAGUUUUACAAGCAUUCGACACUGCCCAAUUUAUUAGAAUGACUUGUGGUGGUGCUGAUUUUGCCAUAUUGGGAGGUGAUCUUAACACAGAACCGCAAGAUUUAGCUUACAAAAUCAUUUGUGGUGUUGCCGGUUUAUCUGAUGCUUGCUCAAGCGUUUCAAAUAAUUUAGGGACCAACGAGUGUGCCAAUAAUAGUUAUACUAGCUCUAAACUUGCAAGGAAGGUCCCAGAAGGAAAACGUAUAGACCAUAUAUUAUACUUGAGUUCAAAACUUAAUAAAGUGGAAGUAGUAAAUUUUCAUCAUCCUUUCCCGAAACGUGUACCUUACAAAGAUUUUAGUUAUUCUGAUCAUGAAGCUGUUAUGGCUACCUUAAAACUUAGCCCUGGUCUGUCACAACCAGUAAAUGUAGAUAUUAGAGAUUCGUUGAAAGAGGCUAUAAACAUAUGUGAAACUUCAUUAAAGAGUGUUCGUCGUCAUCGUAUUUUGUAUUUAAUAUUUGCUUGCGUACUAACAGUUCCACUUGUUUGCUCUAUGGGAUUAGAUUGUACCAUUGUAUCUGUAGGUGUGAACAUUGGGCUCAAUGUAAUUCGCGUCUUUUUAAGUGCAAUGCUGUGUUAUACUUUGUUUAUGAGUACCAUAUGGAAUAGUGUAGAGAAAAAUGCUUUGAAAGCAGGCAGAUUAGAAAUGGAAAUUUACUUGACAAAUUUAAACAAUAAUUUAUUAAAAAAAUGAACAUACCUAUGUGCAUCAUAGAAGUACAUGUUUGGCUCAAAAUUUUGACUUCUCUAUUAAACUAUUUCUGAACUAUUCUGUAAAAAAAUGUCAAAUGGUAUUCUCAUUGAUAAUGAAAGUAUAUUUUCUUAUACAAUGAAUCUUAACAUUUUUAUACAUUAGGAUUUCUACUGACGUAUUACUCUAGGACAAUAAUCAAGUUAUAUGUUGUCAAAAAAUAUUUAUUGUUCAAUUUUAUUAAUUCUAUUUUAUCUAUCUAAGCCUUGAUUUUCAAAAAAUUAAGGAGAAAUUAGUAAUUUCUUUAAAUGCAAAUUAAAGUUAUUAAGUUACAAGGUGAUGAUUUAGAAAAUUGUACUGUACCGUUUAGUAAUAUUAGUACUACUCACUGUCGUAGAUCGUAAAGUUAUUCCAUUAAAUGCAUUUACUUUCCAUUAAUUUUAGUAUAAAUUAUCACAAAUAUAGGCGAAAUGAAGCAUCAAUUUAAGAAUGAUUUAAACUGUAAAUUAUUUUUUUAUCUUUCAAUCACUCUUUACUCAAAUUAUAAUAUUUAAUGAAAUAAAUGAGAUUUGUAAGUCAUUAAAUUCUUUAUUAAAAUUUCUGAUUAUA